CUUCAGUUCAGGACCUUCGAUGUAGUAAAACUACAACGACUGCAACGCUAUCAAAGCCAUAGAACUACAAUAUUCGAAGACAUCGCACUCCACUAAUAUGAUGGAUAAAGCGGUGCUAACCCGUUCCAAGGACUCCGAUGACUCAGAAAAAGAAUACUUCUGUCCUCCUGAAACAUGCGAAAUCUGUUUCGAAGACAUGAAACUGAGCUCAAGAUUCCGCCGCCUGCCUUGCAACCAUAUCUUUCACAAACCAUGUAUUGACUCGUGGAUGCGUUGUUGCGGCACCACUUGCCCUUUGUGUCGCCAUCAAUUUGACCUGGAUCACGCGGUUGUUCUUACGAGGUUUGAUAAUCCACGAUUCAAGGGCAAAAGGCAUUUCAACCCUAGGAAGCCCUGGGGUUUAAUUGGCAUUUGGUGGGGAAGGUGGCAUAACGGACUCUGAGCUUGCUGGGGAGAUUGCCGGGCAUGAUCUAGGUAUGUGGAUGGGUUGGGAAGACAUUCUACUCCUAUUUCAGUUAUCAGUGAAUCCAUUUCUUGAUCGUGAGCCUUCCUGGCCAUCACAUACUAUCAUGUCUUUGCGAUAUCCCAAUAGGCUCAGGAGCUACAACUGCACCAUAGAUGGAUUUCAAUUCCAUGAAAUCCCAAGCCCCUUUGAAGGUUUGUCGAACAUUCUACUACCUCCCUGCGAUUUAUACCUGAUUGGUGUCCUGUC